AGCAAUAUGGCGGCUGUCAUGACGGAAUUUGAGCCGUGGUUGAACAAUAAAUUAAAAUCCCUUAAAACUGAUGAAGGUGUUUUUGGGUCAUAUAUAUCAGGUAUUUUGGAAGCUGAAGAUUCUAUAGAUGAAAAAAAAGAUGCAUUAGAAGGCAUACUUUCUGAAAUUGUGGAUGAAGAUAUUACCAGUCAUGUGAAUGAAAUAAUAGAGAAAUGGGAGUCUUGCAAGCCAAAUGAGGAGGGUCCUAAGCAGGUAGCAGAUAUAGAUGUUGAUAUUCAGUUGACAAAGAUGCUAGAAUCUCAGUCCUUUGCGACAACUACGCGACGAGAGUACACAGAUGAAGAAAAGAAGAUCCGUGAAGCUAUAUUGUCUCAGUACAGUCAACUCUCUGAUAAUGAGGAAGAAACAACUUUUGUAGAUGAGACAGAGGGAUCUGAACUAGUAAAAAAUACUAAUGCAUUAGAUGUGGCUGCAGCAGCCAAAGAACGCCGUGAACUAUCAAGACUAGAAGCACAGAAAAAAAAAGAAAAGGAUAGAGAAGAUAGGGAAAAACAAAAGCAACUAAAGGAAGAAAAAAAGGAAAAACGUAAAACACAAAAAUCUGAAAAGAAAAGGUGAAAGUAAAGUGUGCUCUGCUGUCUGUCUAUUCUUGUUUUUGGGCAGAAAAAUAAACAUUAUAAGUAUUAAGUAUUGCCUUACAAGCAAA